AUGCUUGGUGGGGUGUCGAAAUUAGCCAAAUUGCUGGCUUCUGACAAAAUUAAGACGCGGAAACUGGGUUACAAAUACGUCCGUGAACUCCUAAGUUUGGAACCCGGUUCGGACCAAUUUAAUAUGUCUUUCAAAGACAUGCUUGGUGUUUGUAAAGGUCUAUAUUACAGUCUGUGGAUGCAAGACAAGUUGUUAUUGCAGGAAGAAGCCGCUGCAAGAAUUGCCAAGCUAAUUUCGACUACAAAGUCCAGGGGGAUUCGAUCCAUGUAUAUAAAGGCGAUGUUUGAGACCUUGGCUCGUGAGUGGGACAAUUUGGAUACUUGGAGGGAGGAUAAAUUUAUGAUGCUGGUGAGAGUCUUCUUUGUACGCUGUAUUGGAUCCGUUACAAAACGUAAAGUUUCCGUAGAAACGCUUGUAAAUGCUGUUUUUGGAAAUGUAAUAAAUACCAGCACCAAUUCAGCUAUCGGCCUGAAGCUCCAUUUAUGCCUCGUUAUUCAGCAAGAGCUCCUCGAUGCAGGGGAAAUCCCCACAGUCAUUCACUUGUUCUUCAAACACACCAUCGAAACUCUUCAAGCCAUUCCAAAAGGUAGUGCCUAUGCGUCGGAAUUGAUAAAGUUACUCCUCUUCUUAACCAGGCAAAUGCGAAGAUACCCUAAGCUACCUCUGAACAAGAUAAGUGAUGAACUACUGGUUUCAUCUACAGAGAUUGUGACUCACAGGAAAACAUUGCGAAGAAUUGCACUUAUGUUGCACACGAAAAAGUCCAGAAUCAAUGACCAGCGAAGGAACUUUUAUGAAAAUCCGGCAGUCUCAAAUGAUGCAGAAGCCACUCCUGUCGUUGCUCCAUCCAUCAAUACCACCACUCCGACAAAGAAGAGGAGGUUGCAAGAUUUUCUGGAGAACUUUGAAGGUUCGUCCGAUGUCAGCGCAUGCCAUCGUAAACGGAGGAAAAACGUAGAUUUGGGCGAUGAGGAGGGAAGUCCGUCAAUUCUCCCAUGCCGAGAACCGGAUUCUCAAAGAACAGCAAUAGCUGAUGUUGAUGUAAGAGAGGAUGUUUCCGCGGCAGCUUCUUCCGCAAUGAACGGGGAACCAGCCAGUGUGACAACAAAACCAGAAUUUGACCUUUCAGUAAUGGAUCAGACUUCACCUAUACGCGAGAAAAAGCGCGUUUCCUUCGGCAAGGUGGUCUGUAAAAGGUUUUCGACUCGCCGAGUCUUGAGUGCCAAAAGCAUCACCCAGACGGAGCCGGAUCGAAGCAUUCUGCGGCAUUAG